UAUUGAGGUGGUUGCGACUGUCAAAGUGGAACAUUACCUUGCUUUCGCUGUCCCCCAAAACCUAGGCAACAUGUGCAAGGACGCUUCCCUGACCCCCAAGGGUACCCUGACCAUCAAGGAUGCCAGCGCCGGCUUCGGCAAGGGCAACGUGGCUGCUACUGGCCUGGCUACGCUGAAGUACAAGUGCGGUGGCCUGAACGCUUCGCUCGCAUUGUCGGAUGCCUCGGUCAAGAGCAUUAAGACCCUGAAGGACGUCGUUGCCACCGCUGACUACAAGGUCAAGCAGGUCAAGGGCACCACCCUCAACACCAAGUACGACCUGGGCACCAAGAAGUACCAGGUUGGUGCCACCUGGGAGGGCAGCCUCGCCAAGAAGGCCACCACCGUCAAGCUGUGGUACGGCAACAAGGACAACAAGGUCGCCGGUGAGGCCACCGUCUCCCUAGUCAAGAACCAGAAGGCCAACGUGACCUUCAACCAGCAGAAGGUGCUGACCGCCAAGUACACCCUCGCCAACGGUGACUUCACCUACGAGCCGUCGUACAACUUUGACAAGCAGGCGCCCGCCGUCGCCAUCUCCAAGAAGCAGGGCAAGGACAACUUCAAGCUCUUACGACCUGAAGAGCGAGGGCGCCUCCCUGGAGUGGAACCGCAAGCCGCUCAAGGUCACCGUGUCCUCCACGGUCACCAAGAACCUGUCCGUGUCCAAGCCCACCGUCUCGGCCGUGUUCGAGAACGUCUACAGCUUCUAAGCAGCACGCUGGUUUUGGACCGGUGCCUAAGCUAGGCUGCAAACAUGCCCGCAGCUGACAUAGCAUACUUGCGCCGCAGCCCGGUUGCCGUGAUUUUUUGGCGGCGCGGUUGACUCGAUCAGGUCUAUUCCUCAUUUUUCGAGGAGGCGUUGUGAACACUGGUGAUGCGUUACUGUGAGCAAUGUUGGGGCCAUCGCGAGCGCGCAGCGGUCAACAGGCUGAACGGAUCCUCGCGAUCAGCUUACUAUUCCGUGGCAGCCAUUUCUUUACUAAUAAACCUAUACCUGCCCUUGCUUGUCCUUAUAGCUGCGUGGGUUGCGGAUUGUAGAUACACACCUUAUGCAGGGCUUUAUAGGAAGUGCAAUGCUUCCCGGGGGUGAGGUGUCCUGCAAAGCAGUACGGGUAAACUCCUGUCCCAUCUUUCCGAUGGUGACCUUCCCAGCUUACUGGACUUCCGGUUUUGAAGGUCAGUUGUCUGGCCUGGUCGUGUGUUCUGUGUGCAGAUCACAUGCAACAUGUAACACCCGCCUGCUGGCGUAAUUGGCAAAAUAUUUGUUUCCACACGACAGGGUAUAACAUACGGAGAUGUACGACACACACAUAUUACUUAAGCGAGGCAUACAUACAUUAUAGUGUAAAGGGAAAAACCGCAUCGUAAGUUUUAUAACGCACAAGACACCUUAAGGCGAC